ACUGGUUGAGCUCCACGCCUCAGAGAUCCAAGACACAAAGCAAAUGAUUGAUAUACUGUCCCCGGCAAUGCCCUUGGUUGGUCUAACCUGGUACACAACUGAAAUGGACACAACGGAAUUUGAGGUAGGAUAAAGUUUUAGAGGUUUUCUUUUCUUUUUUUUUCUUCUUUUUUUGGCUUUUGCUCUUACUUUGUUUAAUUCCAUGAUGCAAUGAUAUCGUACGCAUGCAGCGUGCACAAUGCAAAAAUGUAUUUUUUAUUCAUCAUUUCUAUUGAAUCACAACUUAAUUUUAAGAAGUGAUAACGUAUUUCAAGAGUGUUUUGUGAAUUUUUGUUAACAAUUUCGGAUUUAUUUUAGUUUUUAUUUUUCUCAACGCCCGAUUUGACACGAUAUUUCAGCGCUAUGGUAGAAUCUUAUGCAACGAAAUAGUUUACUGUGAAGGACAAACAUUUUUUUGUUAAAUAUCCGAGGGAGCAAUUGUAAAAAUUGAUUGCAUCAAGACAACCUGUUGUUUAAACACCUGCCAGCGAGCGAGCUCUUAAUGAAACAAGAAAAUGGAUCAUGGAAGCUCUCUUUGAUAAUAUAUGAAUUAGAGACGUGAUUUUCUCAUAUCUAAAUUACAUCUUCGAGAUGAGAACCUUUUUGCCUUACGGGGGUCUCGUAAUCAAAUUGCAAGGUUUUAACACAAGAGAAACUCCACCAAUAUCAAUUUAAAAAUAUUUAUUAUUUUUAACCUUGAAGUAUUAUCUACUGAUAUAAUAGAUAUGGCAUACCUUUAAAAGAUAAAGUAUACCAUCUGAUUGACUGCGACCUCACCCUCUGAGGGAAAUAGCAGAUCCAGAUAAAUUUGGAAUAGGAGGGGUCGGUUACUUUUUGAGACGCAAGCUAAAAUAUUACUAAUCUUAAAGGCAAUACCUGCUCAAUUUGAUAAGGAAUUUAACGAUACAAUUUUCUUAUGUUAACUGACCCUUUUAAAUUUAUAGUUAUUUGCAGUUUAUGAACUUUAACGUUUUUAAAUGUACAUUGAAUAUGUAACUUAAGGAUAGUUGUAGGGGCCCACCUCCAGUAAUAAAUAUAGAUGACACCUUAAAGACCAGUCUGUAAAACUUGUAUCUGUAAAAUUCCAUGCAAAAUGACGGGAUAUAUUAGCUGGUAUAUUUAUAUAUUAUAUAUGACCAAUACAUAUUUAUCCACAUAAUUUACAAUUUAAAAAAGUAAAGAUAUAUAUUUAUUUUUUUUAGCUCACAAGAUUACUCCAGCGAGUCUCAAACUACCAUAGAACUAUAAAGCAUCUGACCCUGAACAUUUCAGGGAAAUUUCCAAAUUUGGAUAAAACAGCAGUGCAGAACAUGCUGUCUAAAUGCACACAUCUGUAAGUCAGUUUUGUAUGUGUAUGUGACAUUAGAGAUUAAGAAUUAUCACCGUAAACAAUACGGCUCCCAUUCUAAUCACACCUUAAGCCUCUUUUCUCACGGGAGUAUUCUAUUCAUUAAAGAAAAAAGGACGAUCUAAAAUUGUAGUGAUUAUCCCUAGGCAGUUAUCAUCUCAACGGUUUAUUGCUUGUCCCGGCGGAUAACAGGACACAUUUCACCAUCAUCCUGGGAUCCCUGGUAAGUCCUGGGAUACAUUGUCUGCAAUUCAAACUCAAGCAUGAAACGAAUUAAUCUAUAAAAAUAACUGGUUUUCAUAUCUGAUACAUGAUUGUUGUUUGUGUGUUAAAAAUAAAUAAAAAAAAGAAAGGAUGUUAAAUAAAGUUGACAAAGUGAAUGUUGAUUCUUUGUUAUCUGCUGCUUUACUUCCUAUUUAAUUAAUUUAAAAAUUAGAAAUAUAUUUUUUAGGUUAGAGCAGGACUUGAGUUUACGACCGCGUGAAGAAAAAAAAAUCACUACACUUUCUAUGUCAUAAGCAUUCUUUAUUUUCUCACAAAUUAUAUUUACUCAUAUGGCCCGAAAUAAGAAGAAGAAAUGUUUACAUUAAGAACUUGAACAAUGUGUUCAUUUGGAGCAUUAAAAGAAAAUACAAAGUGAAAACUAAAUUCUGUAAAUGGGAUUUAGUGAAUAUUAAGCCCAGUAUAUUCAAUUGACUACAUCACAAGUUUCUAACCUAUGGGACGGGCCCUAAAAAGCCGAACAUAAUUAUACUACACGAGCUCGACUUCUUAUACUAUGGGACUUGACCUAAAAUCCUGAGCCCAAAAGAUCAAGUGCCUAACCCACGAGACGUGCCAUAAAAGGCCAGAACCCAGGGCAAGUUAACUAAAAAUUCUGAUAUAUACACGUUACUGGAUUUGAAGUACCUAAACUUUGGGACGUCACCUAAAAUCCUUGCAUAAUCAAGUGAAUAGAAGUCAAUGUAUCAAGCCUGAAAUAAUCAAGCGACUUGAAAUCAAGCACCUAACGCAGUGGUUCUUAACCUGGGUUCGAUCGAACCCCAGGGGUUCGGUGAGUCAGUCUCAGUGGUUCGGCGGAGGUUCUAAAAAAUCAGAAAAAAUAAUAAUAUUUUAUUUUUCCUAUAUGAAACUGGUGGGGUUCAGUACCCCCAACAAGGUUAAGAACCACUGACCUAACGAAUGGGAUGUAACAUAUAGAGCCUUAAAUAAUCACGUUGUUACUGAUGUAAUACCUAACAUGGGGAGUGACAUAGAAAUCCUAGAUAUAAUCACGUGACUACAGAAAAAAUACCCACUUUAUGGGAAGUUACAUAUAAAGCCUGAUAUAAUCACUUGACUACAGAUGAAAUAUCUAACUUAUGGGAAGUUACAUAUAAAGCCUGAUAUAAUCACUUGACUACAGAUGAAAUACCUAACUUAUGGGAAGUGACAUAUAAAGCCUGAUAUAAUCACUUGACUACAGAUGAAAUAUCUAACUUAUGGGAAGUUACAUAUAAAGCCUGAUAUAAUCACUUGACUACAGAUGAAAUAUCUAACUUAUGGGAAGUGACAUAUAAAGCCUGAUAUAAUCACUUGACUACAUAUGAAAUAUCUAACUUAAGGGAAGUUACAUAUAAAGACUGAUAUAAUCACUUGACUACAGAUGAAAUAUCUAACUUAUGGGAAGUGACAUAUAAAGCCUGAUAUAAUCACUUGACUACAGAUGUAAUACCUAACUUAUGGGAAGUUACAUAUAAAGCCUGAUAUAAUCACUUGACUACAGAUGAAAUAUCUAACUUAUGGGAAGUGACAUAUAAAGACUGAUAUAAUCACGUACCAAGAAAUAAAGUACAUGAAUUAUGAAAGGUGACAUAUAAAGCAUGAUAUAAUCAAGUAAUUAGGGAUAAAAGACCUAAUUUCUGGGAAGUAAUAUAUAAAGUCUGAUAUAAUCAGGUGACUAGAAAAAACGUGACUAGUGAUUAAAAAAACUAGUUGAUGGGAAGAGACGUAUAAAGCCUGUUAUAAUCACGUGACUAGAAAGGAACUACCAAACUUAAGGGAAGCGACAAGUAAAGUCUAAUAUAAUCACAAUACUAGAGAUAAAAUACAGAAACUAUGGGAAGUGACAUAUAAAGCCUGAUACAAUGACGUCACUACAGAUGAAGUACCUAACUUAUGGGAAGCGACAUGUAAAGCUUGAUAAAAUGACGUCACUACAGAUGAAAUGCCUAACUUACGGGAAGUGAAUAUCGAGCCGAAUAUAAUCACUUUACUAGGGAUGAACUACCUUACUAAUGGAAAGAGACAAAUAAAGACUUAUAUAAUCCCGUGACUAGAGAUCAAGUACCUAACUUAUGAGAUUUGAAAUAUAAAGACCAAUAUAACUACUUUACUGUUGCUCAAAUUCUUUGCAUUUUUGUAAACUACAUUGUCAAAGUUUCUAGCUUUUGGUUGUUUUUACAUGACAGAAGGAUAUUAUUUGCCAGUGUUUCCAUAUCUGUAAAUGUGACCUGCUAAGAAUGCAUCACACAGAGCUAUGAAUUUAUUAUAAUCCUUACAAGUUCAAAUUCUGCAAUGAUCCAAAUCUUUAUCCCGUUCCUCCAAAAGCAAACCUUGUUUAGCAAAACUAUGACACACUUCAAGACGUGUUACAAAUUAUUAAACUAUUUAACCAUUCCCAUUUUUUAUUUCUGUACUUCUGCUGUGUCAAACACCAAGGCCCUCUUAAAGCGUUUCUUAUUUUAGCACAAAGCCAAGGUGAUUGUAUUGCUGUGUUUUCUUAAUGAUAUUCAAUUACGAUGGUAUUUCGACAGUAACUAAAAUCUAAUCUCAUUGCACCUAGUGAGAUUUGAAGGCAAAGAUGGCGUUUAGGAAUACGUUUGUGAUUAUGGCACCUUUUGAGACUUGGAGGGAAAAAAAUGUAUUUUAUAAUCAAGCUCGUGGUUGUGACACCUAGUGAGAUCUCAAGAAAAAAGAUAGAGUUUAUGAUUUUGACACGUAGUUAGAUCUGAAGGCAAAGAUGAAGUUUGGGAACAAGUUUGUGUUUGUGAUACUUAGAAUGUUAAUUUGUAAAAAACGUGGCUGGGUCCAUUUCAUUAAAAGAAUGCCAGUUUUUUUUUUCAGAACGUUUAUCCAAGGACUUCUCUUGCUUCUGCUUAGACAAUGUUGUUUUUUCUGAACCACAAAACUGAACACUUUUCAUCUUGCUUGACUCUAGGGAUAUUCAAUUGGAAAAUGUAAUUUAAAAAAUAAUAAUAAUAAUUUAAAAAACAACAAAAAAAAAAACAAACAAACAAAAAAUAAAACUUGACAUUUUUUUUCCAUUUAAAACCAACAGGCUAAAGAAAAAUAAGAAGUCAAGAGUAGCCACCCACCCCCCCACCCCCCGUUAGCAAAUUUGAAAUUUGUGAGUGACAUUAAAAUAUUUCAUUCCUUAACUGCGAACUAGUAUGUAACCAAAGAAACUGUUCUAUCUCUUUGACCCCUGUGAUAGCAUAGCGCAAAUUAGAAUGGUAUGGCCACGUGACGAGAGAGAAAAAAAUGGGCUCGCCAAAGAAAUCAUGCAGGGCACAACGAGAGGAGGCAGAAGAUGAGGAUGGGCCUAUAAAGCCUUUGUCCGUCCGGUUUUAGAUGAUGCAUCUGCCGUCUGGGAUCCAUUUACCCAGAAGAGCGUUGAAAGGUUGGAGGCGGUCCAGCGACGGGCAGCACGCUUUGUCCUGAACAGCUACAGGAAUACCUCUAGUGUUGGUAGCAUGCUGGAAACUCUAGGCUGGUCACCAUUGGAGGAACGACGACGACAAUCCAGGCUCUCCAUUAUUACAAGAUAAAUAAUGGGCUGGUCCACUGUUCCAGUAUUAAACAGAAACUCGUCCCUCUCCCCCAUAGACAGCGACGAGGCCAUGACAGGCAAUUCAGACUCAUACCAGCAAGAAGCCAAUAUAGGAACUGCUCAUUCCUGCCCAAGACAAUCAGGGACUGGAACGAGCUUUCAAAAGGAACAGUUGAGGCGACAACACUAGACACAUCACUAGACACAUUUGUGUCUAUUGCCUCAAGCUUUCCAUCCCCCAGUGCAUGAUGCCCUCACAAAAUGGCACUUGUAAUCAGUGGAAUAUCUUCAUCACUACCAGGCACAGAAAUAUUGCAAAUAUCUUCGACAUAUAUAGGAGCCAAAAUGAUUAAUAAAUUGAUAGUGGGCCCUUAAUAUAUGGAAGAAGAAAAGAUUGGAAGAUAACAUCAAAGUGUGGACUGGGCGGGGCUAAAGCUAGGCACUGUUGUGCGAAGUGUAGAAAACAAAUAGGAAUGGAAGGGGGUAGUUUCCACGUCAUCUGUGGCGCCCCAACGAUCCAAAGACAAAGGGAUAUGUAGAUGUGGUAGUGGCAGAUAGCUCAUGAGUUAAAAAGACAUGAUCAAUCAUGUUAAAACAAAUAGUGGUGUACCCUUUCCUGCGAAGCCCUGGACUCGUGCUUAUUGCUUAAUAUUUCGACAGGGCCUGAAUGCUCGUCCACGCAUAGAUGCGUGUAAUUGGCAGAUAAUUUAAUUAUAUAUCAUAUUAUGGAGGAAAUAGCAUAAUAAAUAAUGUUGAUUGACAUUAUGUGUUAUAGAGUUUCCCUUCAUUUUAUAGUCUUGACAGCUAAAGUAACUAUGAAUGACAUUUUCGACUCAAACAAGUUUUUUUGUAUGUUUCAGACUGCCAUUCAUAUGUAAGAAUUUCCCCCAAACGUUCACUGAUGGGAAUACAUGGUGCCUAACACAACACAGUUUGUGGUUCGAAGAAAAUGACAUCUAAUCUUUAUCAUUACGCCCA